AUGAACAGUGUCCCCCAUCAGAUUGAUGAUGUCACUGCCCUUCUGGCUACCGCAGAGAAGUUACAGUUGAAGGACCAAGUGAUCGAGUGCGCGGCCAUGUGGCAGCUAUUGAGCUUCUCCCUGGCUGCCUCUUUUCUCCUGCCUGCAAUGGGUGAAGUGGUGAUGAACUUCAAAGCCUGCAGCCAGUUCUUCUUGGAUGGAAAACCUCCCGCCCUGAAGCCGAUGAAUCCAGCCAGAAUCUGCCAGUUCUACCGGGGCAAGUAUCGGUUUGCCACAAUGUACGACAGAAACGGGCACAUCCCUCUAUUCUCGGCAUAUAAAUAUCAGCCUGGUGGGAUGGGAAGGAGAAAGGAUUGGAAGAUCGAACCGCAGCUUGCCCUGCCUAAGGAGCGUAGCCGAAAAAGCAUGGAACUGGAAAAGACCUGUAAAAUUGACCGAGAGCUCCUCAAAAACAGCCAGGCUGUUUCUGAGGAUUACAAACAGGCUGUUCUAUACGACCGAGGACAUUUGUUACCUGUGCUCCAUCAACCGGACUGGGAUAGCAAAGCUGCGACCUUCACCUUAACCAACAUCGUGCCCCAGUUUCACAAACUCAAUCAAGGAAAAUGGGCAGAAUAUGAAAGCAAUAUGAAGAAAUACACGAUAGGGUGCCGUGAUACAUAUGUCCUCGUGGGCGUGGUGCUGGGGAGUCAUUUUCUCACUAGUCACAGAGUGAACAUACCCAGCCAUAUCUGGGCUGCCGCUUGUUGUGUGUCUCAAGACAAUCGCAAAAGAUCCUGGGCAGUCAUUGCUAGAAAUAAUGAGAAUCAGGUGUACCUGGGAACUUUGCUGGAUCUGGAAAGAGUACUUGGUAAAUGCUACGGGAAGAAGAACAUCAAUCUUUUUAACAGUGCUUGUUACUUAGGGGAUACUCGGCCAAACAACUUCACAGAGGAAAUACAACCAGGCUACAAACCUAGCACUUUACUUGUUCAGUGUGAGGCAUGA